AUGACUUUUUCUAACUUUCAAUGUGUAACUUACUUAAAUCGUGGCAGAUUGAAACUUAAGAUGUCUGGAGAUUUUCAUCAUGGAGGUGGUGGAAGUACUGGAUCUGAUGGUGCAAUAAAUCCCGGUUUUGAUCCCUUGGAUGCAGCUAGUACUGGUGAACAUGGCAGCUCUUUCAGUAAUAAUAAUGAUAGUCAUGGUGUUGACCAAAGAGCAGCCUAUUGGAAAGAAUAUGCAGACAGAAGCUUUGAAGAAUAUUUUUCAAACUGUCCUGGAAGCUCAGCAAACUCAGCACAUGGUACAGGAUGGGAGGAGCAGUCAAAUCCAGCUGUAAGUUAAACAGUAUAAUAUUAGAUAUUAAGCCUGCAUAGGUAUUUUUUUUAGGUGGGGGGUUAUGUGGGGGCAAUUCCUUGCUAAAAUGUAUUCCCUCCACCCGGUCACAAAUUUUAUGUAUUGUCUUUGAAUGAAGGAAGGAAAAAUAAACAAUUAGUAGUAUUAAUAUUCUUUUUUUUUUAUAUUGUUUUUGUAUGAAUGAAAGAAAAAGAAACAAUUAGUAUUGUUCUUUGUUUACAACUAUGUGCACUUUAGGUUAUUACUUAAGUGAAUAUUUGACUGUUCACUAAACUUAAGCUAUUAGUCCAUUGCUUUUAAAAUAUGUGUAAGUUUUAUAAUAUUUAUUUGAAUAUUUUUACGUAAGAAAUUUCUCAAACUUUUUUAUUUUUACAGGAAGUUGGAAAUGACACAGCUGAAGAGGAAUGUAUUAAGCCGCAGGAACCCUCUCAUAAUAGGGAACAGGUAUACUAAUAAUAAUUGGCAUUCUUUUAUUAAACUUAGAUAAAUAUUACUGUUGAAUCUCUUCACGAUGGCCACCUUGGGGACAGAAGAAAAUGGCCAUAAUGGUAGAGAAGUGGCUGUUGUAGAGAGGUUUAAACAGGAGUCAGUGAAUGGACUGCCCACCAAAAUAGUGGUUGUUGUACAGAGGUUGCUGUUGUGGAGAUGUGGCUGCUUAAGUGGAGGUUCCAUUGUACAUUGUGUUUUUAGAUUUUUAGAUGGCCAUGAGAAUGAUGACAGUUAUAAUAAUAUUACAGUGAAACCCUGCCUUAACCGCCACCUCAGUGAUACAGCCGCCUCGUGAUUACAUGCGGCCACUCUUUUUUGGCCGCCCAGCAAAAUGGCGGUACAUUUUCUUGUAAAAAACCCUCAUUAAUCAAUCACCCGUUAAUACGGCCAAAUUUUUUUGGCCCAUUGGUGACUGUAAUAAUGGGAUUCCACUCUAAUAACAAUGAUAAUGUGAUAAUUAACAAUUAAUAAAUGAGGCUGAGUAUCUAAUGAAGAAUUAUGGAGAUCGAGGAGGGUGUUACAGCCUCGACGGAUAACACGCUCCAAGAUCUCCAAAUUCUUAAUAUGCAUGAUACGAAAGCCGAAUUCAAUAAUUGUUUUAUUAUUGCCAAGGAAGCAACCGAGCUAAGAAGCAAGGUUGACUCGGCGGCAGAAUUAUAAUGCCGUACAAUGUAGGCAAAAACUCUCAAGUUCUGCGUAACCCUCUAAAAUUUGCAUUUUUUACCAUAUUUGGGUGUAAGUAAGACCCCAUAUUUGGGCAGUGACAUCAUGGUCUUGUAUUUAUAACUCGUGGUUUAAGAUUGAGUGAUUCAGUGUGCAGCUGUUCCUUGUCUGUUCAAGAGGACCUAACUGGUGAGCAAGCUUUAAUACAAUUUCUAGUUUGAAAGGGCAAUUAGUGCUCUGGUUUGCUUUAUAAAUUGUGUUUAAAGCAAUAGCUGAUCAAGGAAUAGGGUUUUACGCUCAAAUUUUUGUCAGAACUUGCUUGUUCUUUGCAGCUUGAUUUAUAUUGAGGUAGCGUGUUCGCUUGUCGACUCAGAACCAGGGUUUUCAGUCUUCUCUUUUCCUUUGUGAACUUAAUUUUAUGCAGAAGUUGAUCAAAGCAUAGGGUUAUAUUCUCAAAACUUAUAUCAGAACCAGCGUGUUCUUCGCAGGUCGAUUUACAUUGAACCAGUCCUCACCUCCCGUGAGGAAUGCAGCGUAUUUGCGGACCUUUUUUUAAAAAUUUAUUUAUGUUUUUCGAGAGAUUUUGUCAACCAGCAUGUUUUUUUGCUGCUCGAUUUACAUUGAGACAGCCCAAAACUCCCGUGAGGAAUGCAACGAAUUUGCGGACCUUUUGUUUUUCAGACUAUCAUUAUGCCUUUCAAGAGACUCUUUGUCCUGUGACAUGCGCUCAUUAGAUCUUUGUAUUUUAUUCAAGUUUAUAUGUUUAUACUUCUAAUACAUUUUGCCCAUUCUUGCACACUUUUCACACAUUUUAGUUUACAGCAAUUUUUUUCUUAUGUAUAUUACCACGCAAAAUAUUUUUCUUAUCCCUGAUGAUGCUGUUGCUGGGAAUUUAAAUAUUAUUUUAAUUUCAGUAGUCAAAGGCCUCAUUUGAAUAUACUUUUCUUUCUAACGUUUAUAGUUUUGAUACAAUGGAAUUUUCCAUGAAACAUAACUUGCUCAUAUUUACCAACAAAGCUUCAAGCCAUGUUGUUAUUGUUUAACAAAAGUGAAAGCCUAGAAUGUGCCAAAGUUGUUGUUUUGAAGUUGUGUGCCAUCCUUUUCUAUAGCAGAAUCCAUUUAAAACCUCUAAAAUUAUGAAAGAAGAUCUGAAUAGACACAUUCCACAAAAGAGAAACGAAUUCGCCUUGUUGGCACUUGCCGGAAGGUACACCUACUUCAGUCAAAAUAAUUCCUAGUUUAAAAAAACGACGUUUUAAAAAUGGCUAAAACAUGCUUACCUCCAUCGAUCCAUCGAUGUUAAGUUCAUCGAUAGUGCACAAAUAGGGUUGUCCAGCUCCGCAAAUAUUCUCCAAAUAGCAGAUGCCGCCCUUCGAGUUGUCUUCUUGCUGUUCUUGCCAUGUUUUUAGUUAUUUUUUCACCUAGUUCUUACUCUUGAAACGAGUGAAAUGUCCGCCAUUUUUCAAGUUCACAACCAAAACAACUCAACCUCGUCUCCAGGUCUUCUCGGUUAACGGUGCCUUAACCUGCACGAACGCUGCAUUUUUGACGUCAUUUCCUCGUUAAACACAAAAUUCUUCCAAAUUUGGUCAUCAGAAACUGGUUAUAGUGAAUUAUGCGUGUGCUUUUAGCCAGUCAGAAUCGGGGAAAUAUUUUGAAUGAAUAAUAAGUACAAUAAGUCUGUUUUCGCCAUGCGAUUGGUCAAUCUGCGGUCCGUAACUUGCUAUACGGACGCAAAUUUCAAAGAAAAUGCUCAUUUCGGAGCUCUAAAUCUCUUUAUCUCGGAAAAAAGGUUGAAUUAAAGUUACAAGACGUCUAUCAACCUUGAGGACUUAGAUUUUGACUUUUUCCUUCAACCUUUUAAACUGUGUUUAUUUGUGAACGAAGGCGAUGAAGAAACUAACUCGUAAUCUUAUCGAAGAGGAUUCUAGUCAGUGUUUGAAAAUUUUAUCGUAUUACACAUUUAAGAAGACGAAAAUCGACCGGCAGAGAUACGAGAUGUUUUGCGUAAGAGAAAAUGAGUAAUUCCUUCGACAAAUAUGAUAACAAACAAGCCUGCACCCGAUCAUAUUGACGAGCUUCUUUGCCAUUUGCAGUGUUUUUCCAAAGACCAACGAAAGAAAACUUGAAGCGACUUCGAGCCGGACACAAUAUAUGUCCAGUUUUCAAAAGACUCCAUCGUCACAUUGCCGAGUGAAUACUUACACUAAGUGCUCUUAGUUUUGACCGAAUAUACUUAAAAAUAUGUCUGUAAACCCUGGGGACUGGGAUGUUGACUUUGCCUUCCCAGAUUUUAACCUAGCUUUGUUUGAAUGAGAACGAAGCUGAUGUAGAAACUGAGUCAUAACCUUUCCAUGGAAGAGAAUAUGGUCAGUGUUUGAAACUUUUAUCGCAGAUCACACUUGAAGACGAGAAUGAACUGGCAGAAAUUCGAGAGGCUUUCCCGAAAAAAUUAACGAGCGAAUCCUUCGGCAAUGACAACAAACUUACCUUGAAAAGCUUCUUUGCCUUUUGCAGUGUUUUUUUUUACAAGGACCAACGGAGGAAAGAUGGAAACGACUUCGAGAAAUACCACAGUGCCCGGUUUCCAAAAUACUCCAGCAUUACAUUAAAGAGCUAAAACUUACAGCGCUCUUAGUUUUGACCAGGGAGGGGGGCGGGGGGCGGGGGGUGGGGAAGCAACUUCCCAUACAUUCUCUUAAUGAAAUCCAAACGAUGUUCUCACAACUUGCAAAGCGAUCAGCAAGGGUCUUGCCAGCGGAUUUUUGUACUGAUCAUGCGCCUUUCGUCAAAAACCAUAGAUUCAACGGUUUUGAAAAGAAACAAAAUCAUGGCGGCCUAAGGCGGGACUGUUUCUCACUAUUACAUUUUGGUAAAUCGCAAAUUUUUUGGUUUUAUGUCGCUUUUCAGACAUAGCCUAUGGUUUUCUUUUUCUGUUAAAUAAUUUCCCUCUGCAGUGUUUGGAAUAUGCAACAUAUAGCUGCGUAUAGCUGAUAAGAACCGUCGAAGAGUUGAGCUAUCGAGCAGUGUUUUGCUGCAAACCUUUCACCUUUGAAUUCAAGGUGUUGACUGAUCGUAAUAAACGAAGUGAAACGUUAUGAAGUGUGACUAUAUGUUUAUUCAGGUAUGAUAUGUACAGCUGUAAGUUCAUAUUUAUUGGGCUCUCUUGAAUAUACUUACUUCCGAUAAAUUUGACUCUUUUUCCAAUAUUUUUUAUCAGCAUCGUAAUUUCCAUAGUCCUUUGAUAUCCGCGCUCGGCAAAAACGAUGUAACCUAUAAAUCGAUCGAGCGUGUUGUUGUUUUUUAAGAUCUAACACGAUUGUCAACCCAAUUGCGGUUUAGUUUCCCCCUGCGAUUUCAGUACCAAUAGACAAAUACGAUAUGCAAGAAAAACAAAGAUGCAUGAUAUUAUUUUUUCAAUGUUUUAAUCAUUUCUUCUGCCGGUUCGCUUCUAGCUUAUCAAAAUAUUUAGUGUGGGAAAAGCAUCUGUUACCCGCUGACCACCACGAAGGGUGACCGCUUGCAAGUUGUGAGAACAUCGUUUCUCGGUCCCAGACCUCGUCUCUUCCCCCCCCCCCACCCCCACCCCCGCUGGUUUUGACCAAAUAAACUUUUUCAACAUGGCGAAUUUGUUUUCACUUUCUCGGAAAGACUUUGUUGUGAGCUAUUGUUUUCGUUAAUAGCCAAUAAAAACUUUUUUUCCCCCAAAUUGGGAGGAGCCAUGUAAUAAACAUCUUAUUAGCCUCGUUUUUUGGGUCCGUGCUGUAAAUUACGGAUCCUUGUUUUUUCCAUCGAUUUUCGCGCUUGGGCCAUAAAUCGGUGGAAAAAAACUCGGUCCGUAAUUUACAGUACGGACCGAAAACUCGGCUAAUAAGAGGUAUGUAUGUAUUCGACUGUUGAUAAGAUCUUUCACAACCACCACUUCAUUUCAGCAGAUUGUAACUACAUUAUCCCUUCAUAACCAAUUUAGCACUCCCACAACUACCUCACUGAAACACCUAAAAUCACUUUCACUUUCCAAAAGAUACUUUUUAUUACUUCAAGUAGUGGUAUCCCAGCAGAAUUAUACCCUUUUUGGGCAGCCAAAGUGGGCAGCAAAAAAUUAAUAAAUGACUCAUGAAUAAGACGCGCGGGAAAGGUCUUAAUUUAUGCGGGCAUGCUAAAAUGUCAACUUGUCAAAACAAAACAAAAGGAUCACGAAGCAUGUUGAGACAAUUACUAGUUUAAGUUGAAUGUUUUAUUAUAGUUCUUGACUAGUAAGUUGUAAUGGCUAAUAAACACCUUAGAUUGGCCUCGUCUUUGGUACGAAAUUAAAAUGUAGUCAUUGCAUGGUUUUUAAGCGUUUUCAAAUGCAAAAGGUGCACGUACAGUAACAACCAGCGUUUAAGAACCUACAAUUUAAGAACCUGUUAGGCUAAAGUAAAGUCAGUCAGUAAAGAUAAAGGCAAAUUUAUGGUAUGCUUAUCAUGUAAACUUCAUUCAAGAUAAUUAUUUAAUGCAGCAAUAUAUUCCAUAUGACAUAUGCUCUGUAGUAGUUAUCUGUGCUGAUCGCUAGUGCCCCUAUGAAAUUAAGAAACUUCUUAAGAACCUAAGUAGCCUAAAAUCCCACUAAAUACCCAUUCGAUAAGAACCUAUUAAGGGUAAGUUGGAAAAAUCUAGGUUCUUCUACGCGGGUUUUUACUGUAUAAGACUCUUAAAUCGCCUUUUUUGUAAAGCAGAUGCUUAGGAAGAAAAGGCUCAUGCCACCCGCACACCCCCCCCCCCCCAACAAACAAACAACAAACAAAACUAACACCAAAAAAAAACAUAAAUAAAAAACAACAAACAUACUAAAACAACAUCAGACACUAUGUUACAGUGCGUUUUAUUCCCACAUAGAACCGCUACGAAGAAAACCAUUAAGAGAGAAUCAAGAAAAAUUUAGUUUUUUUGUGUGGGGUUUUUCUGUCAAAACAAUCUAAAAUCCCCUUUUUUGUAAGCGAAAGGCUUAAAAAAAAAAACCCCAACCCCCCCCCCCCCCCCCCCCCAAAAAAAAAAAAAAAAAAAAAUGUCCGUAAAACUUUUUUUUCUUUUCUCAAGACACCAUAAGUGGGCGGGGUCGUUUCAUUGUUUCAACUUGUUGUGUUGAGAAAUAAAAAAUUAUUGAGAGUCAAAACUUUAUUACUUUUAUCAGUGAAUACAAACAAGAUUAAUAUACACACUGACUGUGUUAUUGUUCUUCAUUAGAGAUUUAAAAGGAGUGAACUACAAAAAGAUUCGAGCCUUGUAACAAUCACGUGUUCAAAGCACAAUUGUGCUAGUCAUAUUCGCUAUAACAGACUGCUUGAUUCAAUGAAAAGACUGUAACCGAUAGCUACCAUCAAAUUUAGGACGAGACACUAAAUAUGUUGUAGAAGUACAGCUUUUAAUGAAAACAAAAACAGUGUAUCAUUUAAGAGCAGGUCUAGUCUUCAUUGUUAGGAGUGGAUUGUGUCACAAACAGUCGAUUGAGUAGGAAUUUGCGCUUAUCGAUAGCAAGUUCUCUAGAUUCUAGCCAAUCAAAUCCUUCUGUAUUUUUUAAUUCUCUUUUGGUUUCGAUCACUUUACGGAAGGUGGAAUCUUCCUUUAUUGCUCGCAUCCAUUGCAGAUACUCCAACAGUACUUUUCUUAGUUCUUUCCUGUAAACAGGAACGAGAACGUUCUCGGCUUUCACGCGCUCCACAUUUUCUGAAUCUCCGUUCCCUUCGUAAUCAUUGAUCAAUGCGUUGAGCUGGGCCUCGUGACGUUGAUCUGUCUCGUCUAGAAUACGCGACCAACGAUUUAAGAGAGCUGUUUCUUCUUGAGAAGAAUUCGUUUCUUGGCUAUUUUGAGUAUAUGUUGCGAGAGGUCGCUUCUUCGCUGUCUUCAUAAUUUCCAGCACCCUAAUGCAGGUAUAAGUUAUAGCCCGUGCUUGUCAUCUUUGGUUUGAACAACACAAGUUCUGACAACAAACUAACCGGGAGCACGUAGCGUGCCUCUUUUGACGAGUAUUAGUAAAGGCUGGGUUACUUAGAGUUCUCUUUUGUGUUCGAUCCAUCGCGACCAAUUACAUAGUCCUGAAAUGACUAUGUUGUUCUGUUGCCUUGUUUGAUGCGCUUGCGUGCUUUUCUACUGCCUUUUCGUAGUAUUUCCACCGAUGUCUUUCCUUUCCUUGGUAUUGUUAACUGAUAAACGAUUGCAUCAUUUCCUUCUUGUGGCUUUGAUGGAGAUGUUUCACUUCUUUGGCUGGUGUUUGUUUGAUAGAUCACCACUCUUACCUUAGGUUGUAAUUUCGCUUUUUGUAGCCACUUUCUUUGCAGACCAUAAUCCAAUUGAUGUACAUCUGUAAGAUGGUUGGACAGUUUUACGACAUAUUUCGCUUUACAAUGGGAUCGGGAUCGGGCAAUCGUGGCAGACAUGCUUAACCAUGUUAGAUGUUAACGCCACAAGAGCUUGGCAAAAAUAAAACCGUUUCAAAGACAUUUAACGUUAUAAACAUGUAAAUUUAAGGGACAAUCGGGACCUAAAACAGGACGAACGAGCCAUUUUAAGGACACUAAGGACAAAACAAGGAUUAUCGGGACAAAAGGAGACAAGCGGGACUCUUUUAGUCAUGUGUCUUUUUUCCUCAUAUACACGCGUGUGUGUCGCGCGUCGGUAGUCACGCAACCGCUCUCAAUAUUCCAUUCAUCAUCUGUAUUAAUUUCGUACCAAAGACGAGGCCAGUCUAAGGUGUUUAUUAGCCAUUACAACUUACUAGUCAAGAACUAUAAUAAAACAUUCAAUUUAAACUAGUAAUUACCUGAACAUGCUUCGUGAUCCUUUUGUUUUGUUUUGACAAGUUGACAUUUUAGCACGCCCGCAUAAAUUAAAACGUUUCCCGCGCGUUUUAUUCAUGAGUCAUUUAUUAAUUUUUUGCUGCCCACUUUGGCUGCCCAAAAAAGGGUAAAAUUCUGCUACUACUUCAUAUCAAAUUCUACGAUGACCAGUUUCACGGAUUAACAAACUACAGCUAUUAUCUUACCAAUCCACGUCCAAUAUAACUCCACGCCUUUCACUUCACACUUAUACAACGCUACUGCACUACUCUCACAUCCAUAAUACACCCCCCAAAAUUUCACAUACCCUAAGUACAACGACACCCAAAUAUACGCUCCGACAGCGUCUUUUUGUUCUCUAAUCCAGGACAUUACAUCACAUUUCAGCGAGUAAAAAUUGUAGAACACAAAAUGAAGACAAUAGGUCCUAGCUUUUUCUAUUUUAUUUCACCGCAUAUUUGCCCCAUUCAUGUUAGUAGGAUUGGCUCCUAAAUUGUGAUACUACGAACAAGCCUUUUGAAAUUCUCUUUGUCUGGACAAUAACCAGCUAUCGGGAACAGCAGCUUAAAACGGUGUUUACAAUCAAAAUGGGGUCUUAUGUACGCUUACGACGUGAUAGAGGUCGAUAUGAACUUUAAUUGCUACUAAACAGUUGACAAUAGUUGCAAUUGUUUAUCUUCUUAGUUUAUCAGGUAUGUUUUCCAUCUCUAUGUUGGUGAAGGCGGCGUUGAGUCAGUGAGGAUCGUUACAGAGAAGCCGAUGCUCAACGGUAGUAUCACCAUGGCACUCGAGCCUUGUUUCGAUGACAAGAACUAUUGGAGUUCUCCUCAGUUGUUUGUACACGCCGAAGAGCAAGAGACGUUUCGUUACCGUUAUGUUGUGAAAUACAAUAAGGGACUAAUAAAGACCGUCGCUACGUUUCUUUUUAGUACGAUUACUGGAAAGAAGGAUGAGAAAGUUGUGCAAGAGGUGGGCACACGCAAGUUAAAUAACGGGACGCAUCAGUUUGACAUUUUUAAGAACCCCAGUGAUCCCUCCCGAAUGCGAAGUAUUUUCGUUGGGCAAGUGUUCUUUAUCAAACUUUUAUGCGGGACACUGAUAAAUGGUGGUGAUCUGAAGGAAUUGCUGAUAGAUUGUGAACACAUAGGAUUUGGGCACCCAUCGUAUGCAACUGAGGACGUCAAACAAUUUCUGAAGUGGGUCCAGGAUUUGGCAGGUAACUUCCGCACUCCUUAUCAGGCUGUCUUCUUGUGUUCACUUCUUGGUCAGUUAGUGGAACGCAGUCGUAAUUGGGCAGCUGGAUACACUUGCUGCUUUCUUGGAGAAAAGUGUUGUGAUUUGAUUUUGUCCUCCUUCGGUAGCUGCCCCCACAAGGAAUUACCUCGCAGCAGCUUAAAGUUCAUCAAAAUUGUAGCAGAAGAUCUCUUCAAAAUUGGGUCCUCAACGGGUUGCCUGUUAUUCAUUAAAUAUUUCUGUAACCUGUUAGACGCCAACUAUGUAAUGCAUGUGGUGGAUAAACUGUCAUCACAGACGUACACUGAACACCAGUUUGACCAGGAUGUGAUUGUUUUGUUACGCUCCCUGAAAGGUUUAAACGACCGUGCCAUCUGUACAAGGUAUUUGUCGCAUGUCGUAGACUGUUCUCCAUCAACCCGUUGCCUUUGGAAUCUCUAUAACAACAUUUCCCGCUUCGACCCAGGCAUGUUAGAGUUCCUAAUAAAGGAGUUUCUAAGUGUUUACAACAAGUUCAUUUCACGCGGUCGUGCAAAAAAACCGGAUCUUCUUAACCCAUUGUUUUGGUCUCUGGUGCCAGAAAGCUUGCAAGACAAACUGGCCAAUCUCUUCUGCAAAGCACUUGCGGCUCAAGUUCCUUCAGAGACCGAAUGGUCGAAAGAAAGGCUUCUUGCGUUGCAGGUCAUCACUGUUGACACAAGGUUACAUUCAUCAGGUGAUUUUCGUCAGUUUGCAAUAGAGGUCAUGACACACAAAUGUAAAGAAGUGGUGUUCCUUCUCCCAGAUCUACUGUCCUUAACCGCAUAUUGUCGUUUUUGGGAAACCACCCUCUCCGAUGCAGACAAAGAAAAAGUUUGCGAUCAUUGGUUAAGAACAUCCUAUCGAAAUAUAACGAAGCCUAAAGAUAGGAUCCUGGCUGUUGUGGAAGCCUGUCAGACGCUAUGGGCCACAGAGGCUUUGAAAUCCAACAAACCACUUUGUGUGUUCAUGCAGACGUGGGUGGAGCGGUUCGUUCUCAAGAUGAGUUGUCAGUCCGUCAUGAGUGCUUUUCCAGAUGGUCAGAAUAGUUCCCCUGCGGUUUUCCACCACCUUCUGUUACUCCUCAGAAGUGCCAUAAAGCAGCACAGUGGCACAGGAGACCGUCGUUCAAAAUAUAGACAGAUGAUUCAGUUACUUGGCCUCGAUCGUUCCAAAGAAAAAAAGAAGACUUCCACCAAGGCAACGCUAACUAGGUGGGUUGAGUGCUUAUUUUUUACGCUUUAACGAAAUAUGAAAAGGAAAAAGGCUUUUCUAGUGACCAAGACCGUCUAGGAAAAGGACCAGUCAUUUAUGUGAUCGGUGUACCUAGACUCCUAGAUUUUGAACUUGGAGAACAGACGUAAAGAGUACAUUAAAAGUUACCGUUGCAGCAAGGAUACAAUUUUUAAAAGCUACAAUUAAAGAACCGUGAAAACUUACAAAGGAAAGAGAUUUUUGAAGCUCGAAAGAGUAAAAAAGUUUAAAAGAUUAAUUUCACGUGACUGAGCUAAUUUCAAUAGUAAAAGACCCGAUUGACUUAGAAGAUAAGACGACUUGAUCGAAACUAAGAACAGAGCGAUGUAAAACUUAUUAAUUUUUGUUUCAUUGCACCGAAAAGUAAUACAGUUUGUUAAUAGGUAAUAACCCUACCCACCUGCGGAUAAAUCUCUAUCCUGUAAAUAAUGUAAUUGAUUUUCUUAACACUAUUUAGCUAAGGAUAGCGUUACCCACCUUUUGAACAACUGCGGCCAAUAUCAUCGAACUCAAUUUAUUUACACUAUCUUGAAUAUUAGGGCUGAGGAAGAGGUUCUUUUGGCUGUGUUGGAUGACAUACCUGUGGCCGGUGACAAAGGACCAGAAGAGAUUUUCAAAGCUAUGAUCUACGACAGUGAUAUCUGGGUGCCUAUAUUAAGCGCACUUCAUCCUCAGAGCACUCUUAUGGAACAUCCAAAUGUUUUGACCGCCACAAAUGCAUUGCUGCAAUUAUCCAGUCCUCUACAGAGGUCCAAGUUGCCUGUAUCCUUUUUUCUAGAUAUGAAGGGGGAGGACCUCCGUCGACUUGCAAAGUUGUGUGCCCUGGCUUCUUCCCUGGAUCCCGAAGUCACAGAAAAGAAACCAGAUGAAUGGAUGGCCGACUUUUCUAAGGAUCGGGCGACUGCACAAUCCUUCUGUGAUCAAUACGCUAGACUACAGAAAACAAUAUUAUUCCUUGAGGCAGUGACCAAGAACAUUAUGGUGAUAUCUGACGCACAGCUGAUAAUAUCCGAAAUCAACAAGAGAAAGAAAGUAAAGACAACCAUCAUCCUUGGAGUUGCUGCUCAUGGUAGUUACUGGGGAUCACUGCGCAGUUUGAUUGACUCAGGAAAGGCAAUCGAGUGGGCUCAGGAAUCGGUUGUAUUUACCAAUAUUGCGCGUCUGUGUAUGAAAGAGGAGGUUGCAGUAAGUCAAACGCAAGUGGAGGUGGUAGCCAGUGAUUCAGAAGAUUUGCAGGAAUCCAAGGAAGACGGUAGCACAGAACGUACAGCAGCUGAAAUAUUGGGCCUUCUAAAAAGCAAAGGUUUACCUAAGCUUGAAGAAGCGUGCACUAACCUGUUUGCAACGGAUAAAGAUCUAAGCUUUCAGGAAGUACAAAUGCUCUUUAGCGGAAUUGCUGAUGAAAUCGCCCUCAAAAAGGAAUUGAAAGUGAUCAGCUCCUUUUUUCCCACUUCUGCUUCUCAACGAAAGGUGAAAAUGUUAUUGAACGUCCUGUAUUUUCCUCGCAUCAGUGCAAAAGUUGAGCAGUUGAUGUCGGUAUUUGCAGCCCUUGGUUAUGAAGGUACUGGAAAUGGCAAUUCAGUGACUAAGGCCUUAGAAGAAGUAAUCUCCUCCGCUCAUAACACCGAUAUUACACUAACUCGUCUCUCUGAAGUUGUUGAAGAUACGACAGUUACCAUCGUUGAUCGCAAGCUUGAUAAGAAUUUGACAACCAUCUUUACAACACUUCAAGAAUCUAGCGAACUGAUCUCCUUCAUGAAAGAAACGGCUAGGGAAGACAUCAGGAUACUAAUUGAUGCUGUUGAAGAACAUUCUGAUCAAUUCGUUUCGGAAGCUACUGUCUCGGAUUUGAUUGAUGUUCAUGGGUUUUUGCGCACCUUCCUACGAGAAGAGCCCAAAGAUCCGUUGAUGCUUCUGGACACCGUUGAGAAAUGCUACUCUAAGCUUGAGAAGAAAGUAGAAAUGGCAGCAAAAAUCAAAGAAUGCGGCUGUAAUGUCCACAGUUUAAGAGGCCUCUAUAUGAAUGUUGCCAACCGAGGAGAAAUGACGAAGGAAAUUAUCAGUAACGCAGUGCAGAAAGGGUGUUACCUCAUCAAGGCCAACUCAAAUGGUUCAUAUGACGUUCAACUUAGCUAUCGCCGCCAGGAAGGUGACUCUAAAGAAACAAGCUACAACAUGGCAGAACUUCAUGACCUUCGAAGUCGAGCUCUUCUUAUUGUAAACACUGACAAAAAGCAAGAAAAGCAGAGACAAUCCGAUAACAGUGAUGCUACGGUUGCUUCUCUGAACAUGAGCUUGUCUACUUUUAUCCAACAAGUUCAAAAGAUUACCGACAUCCUCAACAUGGUCAUGUCGUUGCGAGAGUCAGGCCAUCCACAAUUUAAUGACGCAUUUUGGCAUAAGCUUAGUUCCUUUGAAGAUACUUUGAGUCUGGCAAAUUCGUUGGAAGCAAAGUUGAAGGAGUGGAGAAAUGUCAUGCGUGUUUUGCAAAAGGAACAUUAUUUCUUGAAUUUCUUUCAUCCCGACCAGCUUUGGAUUCUAAGGAAAUUUUUCUCCAGUCCUCUGUCCAGAACAAAAGCGGGUGUCUCUUUAAGAAACCAAGUCCACAGUCUGCUGCGAUUUGUGGAUCCCAGCGUUCGCCACAAGGACCUUGAUGAGUUUCAUCAACUUUACAAAAAACCGAAAGAAAACAAUGGACGUGAAAAUGACCUCCUCGCCGUUGGAGAAGUUCUUGAUGCCAUUUUUGUUUCUCGCCAUACUUCAGAGGUACAAAAAGCUCGCCCAAAUAAUCAGCAAAGUGCGGUCAAGCCUGGAGAAUUGUUUGUAGCGGUCCUUGAGGAAAACAGUAAACAGACAGCUCAUGUGGUUAUGUCUUUAUUCGAACAGACAACAGGUUCGUAUCCUCAACCUAGUCAGAUUCUUUUCUGUCAUUCUGAGACCUCUUGGGAAGAGGUUGAACGACUUCUGAAGCGUGCAUUUGAAGCACAUGAGCAUUCCACCGCAGUCAAACUACACUGCCUGGCUAACGUAGAAAACCUUUCAAACGACAUGCAGUUCGAGCUUGUUUCCGCCAUCAGGGCCUACCAAGAGAUGACAGAUGGUGCAUACUUGCUAAGCAUCGUCUGCUGUGGGGGAAUUCAUCAUCAUAUUGCCGAUCAGUUUUCUUCAUGCGCACACAACGAUACUGGAAUGACUGAAAAUCAACUUCGCAUCGCAUUCCAAAAGGACUUCCCAGACAUUUUUAUGGUCACCUCAGACCUUCCUGGUGUAGGAAAAACAGAAUUCAUUUAUGAACAUGCUGCAUCCAAGAACAAGAAGGUUUUAACAAUUCCUAUCAGUGGGCCGGUGUCUCGUAAAAGUUUGGUCAAGAUGUUGUGUGGCUUGACGUUCGCGAAAUAUGAGUGCAUUCAUUUUGAUGUUGGUGAGGUAAACGACCCGUCCGUUCUGGACACACUGAUAUUUGAACUUGUCAUAGUUGGAAUGGUGUCUGCCGGAACAGAUCUCUUUCAUCUUCCAACCAAGCACGUGUAUAUCGAAAUUGCAAAUACAUUGAGGCACUGGUUGCAAGAUUCUCUUCCCGUCACAAAGUGUUUUUCCCCUAAGCAUAUUAAGCUAGAUGGAUACAAAGACCUUGUUGUCAGUCAAGAACCAUUCAGUGCUAUGCAAGUGGUUUGCCAAUAUCUUCAUGCUUUUGAAUGUGGAAAAUUGGAAAGCAAAGAGGUAUGUCCUGCUGAUUUGAAGCCUCUUUCUCCAAAUCGCUGCAAGGAACUCCUGUCAAAGCACUUCUCAUCAAGUGGUGACCUAUCAUACAACAUAAUUGAGAGUUUUGUCAAGGUGUUCGCUAACCAGCUGAUGCAGUUUUCCGCAAGUCCUUACUUUAGACCGGUUAAUUUAAGAGCUGUGCUUGGGCCUUCACACGAUGUCCGCAACUGCUUGUUCAAAGCCCUUUUGGAAGUGUCAAGGGAGUUUGCAUCGCGCUCUGUUGUCACCUGUAAGAGUGUUCAGUCAGAAGCAAUCUCCAAAGAAAAGGCUGUUGAAGUACUUAAAAAGAUUCAGUUGCAGUCAGGGAAUGUGGCUGAGAAAAUGGUCGAACGUGUGGAAGGAAUGAUACAGUGGGCCGAUAACAAUCACCUUGUGAUUGUUUUCCACAGUCUUGAAGCCUUGACUAUCUCGGCUCUGUAUCGUGAUUUGGCGUUGGUGCCCUCCAAUGUCCGUGCGCUAUUCAAGACACAAGCAGCGAAGGGUAAAAGCAUGGUUGACUUCACAAAGAUGAAUCAGAAAGAGCUUCAGCAAAGAUUAGAUCGAAUUGUUCGAACUACUCCUAGGGAAAAGGAUCACAGCUUGCAGAACUUGGGCUACGCUCUUACCCCAGACAACAUUCUCAAAAUGGUUCUUAUCAUCCAACGCGUACGAGCAGGAAUUCCAGUCAUUGUUAUGGGGGAAACAGGAUGUGGAAAGACAAGUCUUGUUAGAUACCUUGCGAAGACGUGUGGAGUCCCUUUUCACGUUUUUAAUUUCCAUGCAGGUGUCAGUGAGGAAGAGCUGGUCCGUUUCGUCCAUAAAAUGGAAAAAGAAGCGGCCAGUGCCAAAGAAGUUUGGGUUUUUCUUGACGAGAUCAACACUUGUGAUUACCUUGGAACUAUCAAUGAGAUGAUUUGUCACCGAAGCAUCAAAGGCAAGCCUCUCUCAUCUAACCUGGUCUUUAUGGCAGCCUGCAAUCCGUACCGUCUCCGUCCAUCUGGAAAAAUUACAACCGCUGGUUUAAAUGGAAAGACGAUUUCGGAUGAAUUCUCCAAGCUAGUGUAUCGUGUCCACCCUUUACCAGAGACGAUGAUCGACUUUGUCUGGGAUUAUGGAUCUCUAAGUGAAAAUGAUGAACGUGCCUACAUAUGUCGCAUGGUAGAGGGAAUCACCGGAAACCCCAACAACUUACUGGUUGAUCUUCUGUGUACCUCCCAAGACUACAUCCGAGACGUCGACAAGAGCCCUUACUGUGUAAGCUUGAGAGAUGUCCACCGAUGUAUUGUUCUAGUUAAAUGGUUUAAGAAAAUAUUGCAGCAGCGGCAAGAACUGCCUUUGUCAAAAAAGCAGGACAGUUAUAAAUACUACGACGAGGCUCGCACUUUUUCUAUCCGCGAGAGGUCCUUUGUGCUGGCCUUGGCUCACUGCUUCCAAUCUCGUCUUCCCACCACCAGUUCCAGGAAAAGAUACUGUCAACACAUUGUGGGUUGCUUUAGAAGCCACGGAAAUUAUUCGUUCAACAAGUUUAGUUUUGAAGCUAUUGUAAGGGCAGAGCAGGAAGACUACCUGGAACGAAUGGAAUUGCCAGAAGGAACUGCUAAAAAUGCUGCCCUUCGUGAAAACGUGUUUGUGAUGCUUGUUUGUAUACUCAACCGUAUUCCCGUUUUUGUCGUUGGCAAGCCUGGCUGUAGCAAAUCAUUGUCUAUGCAGAUAAUCCGGAGCAACUUAAGAGGGAAGGAUGCCAAAGACUCUUUUCUCAAGACCCUGCCUCAACUUUACGUUGUUUCUCACCAAGGCUCUGAAUCAUCAACAUCAGACGGCAUACUUAAGGUUUUUGAGAAAGCGAAGAAGUAUAAGGAACACAACAAAUCAGGCGAUGUCCUUCCAGUUGUUCUUCUUGACGAAAUAGGUUUGGCUGAGGUCUCCAAGUACAAUCCUCUCAAAGUACUACACAGCCUUCUGGAACCUGGUGACAGCAUAUUUCCUGAUGUUGCCGUUGUAGGUAUUUCAAACUGGGCCUUAGACGCUGCAAAAAUGAACCGUGCGAUCCAUCUUUCUCGACCUGAACCUGAUGUUGACGAUUUGUUCGAAACUGGAAAAUCGUUACGAGAAGCAGGCAGUGGCAUCAGUGACUCUGGGGUAUCUUGUACGCGUUCAGGUCGUCCGUUUGGCCAAGGAGCCUAUCCAGAUGACAAACAGCUACGUUGCCUUGCUGAAGCUUAUCAGAAGUACCAGGCAGAGCAACGAUAUGCGAACUUUCACGGGCUACGUGACUAUUACAGCUUAAUAAAGUGUCUAAGUACAGACAUGAAUGGAGAAUUCAGACAAACGUUUUAUGAGGAGAAAACCAAGAAAAUCCAACGGGCAUUGCAAAGGAAUUUUGGUGGCGUACCCAACGAGGUGAAUAAUUUUCAAAGUUUGUUUCAAGAGCGAAUCCAACUUCAAGAACUAGUGGAUCAAAAUUACCAGUUUGCAGUAACCGACCUCAUCUGUGACAAUCUAAGUGACAAACGUGCUCGUCAUCUGAUGAUAAUCACAAACGGAGAUUCUGCUAUAGGCAUCCUUGAUCAGACGCUUCAGGAUCUCGAUAAAGAGAAGAUCACGAUUUUUGGCAGCCGAUUUGAGGAAGAUCUUUCCGAAGAGUACAAUUACCGUAUGCUAAGCCGUAUCAUUCUCUGCAUGGAAAGAGACUGUGUUCUCAUCCUGCGAGACCUAGAGAGUAUCUACGGCAGUCUUUACGACAUGCUUAAUCAAAAUUAUACAGUAGUUGGGGGGAAAAGGAACUGCCGUGUCGCACUAGGGGCUUUCAGCAAUCCAAUGUGUCAAGUCCAUGAAGGCUUUCGCUGUGUUGUGUUGAUUGAUCAAGGAAGAGUUGACUUCACUGAUCCCCCUUUUCUUAAUCGAUUCGAGAAACAACUGCUUCGUUUUUCAGAUGUCCUUAAUGAAAAGCAAAGGAAGAUUAUCAAAAUUCUAAAGGAAUGGGUGAAACACAUUUCAACGAUUCCCGAUCUUGAGUCCCAGUUCCACGAAGAAGACAUGUUCAUCGGAUUUUGUGAUGACACUCUUCCUUCGCUUGUCCUUAAAAACAGCCGAGACCCAAAGCUGGAGAGUCAUGAAAUUGUUGAAGAGUGCAAACGGGAUCUGAUGAUGAUAGCAUCUCCUGAUGGUGUUGUAAGGAGCGUACAAUCUGUCUUGGCUCAGACGAAUUUGGAAGAAGUUCAGAUGCUUUACAACGACUAUUUCCAGAAGCCUCUGCACAAUGGUUUGAGAGAUUACUUGGGACACUCGCUGGAAGGUUUACAACUUGAUUGCAAUGGUGAAGAUGCCUCAAAGGGUAUGCGACUGGUGAUAAUGACCCACAGUAACAUUCAUGUGAAUGUAUCUCAGUGCCUUGAUGGUUUUGUUCAGUGUCAGACAGAGAAACUUAGUGCUUUCAAGUCCGAAAAGCAGUUGACCAAGGAGUUGGAACGAUUCUGGGGAUCCAGCGACUCUCUCUUGGUACUACAAUGUAAACCAGAGCUAGAUGCUUCGCAUGUGCUUCUUGCAAAGUCCAUUAUUGAGCAGCAGAGGGAGACAUACAUCAAACGAGAAAUUGACAAAAACCAGCGGCAAGUCAAGCAUGUUUGCAUUGUAAUCCAUGUUCAGAGAGAAAGUGAGGCCAAUAAGGCUGAGAAUCAGCGCUGGCAAUUCAGUUUUCAAAGCGGAUGGAAGCAAGUGACGAUCGAUGUGUUGGAAGAUACAGUUUUGCCAGUAACUGAGUGUUUAGACGUCAGUGUCAUGGAGCUCUUAGAGUCAAAGACGCUCUCAUUUGAGGAAGUGGCUUCAAAUCAAUUCCUUUGGUGUUUUUUUCGCAUCAAAUAUUCGCCAUCUGUCCAGCCUCCAUGGGAAGACAUUCUUCACCUGGAAGAUCGUUUGAGGUCAUCGCCCAAGAUCCUGGCAUGCUUCAAGGAGCUAGUGAAUCGUUGGUUGGCAAAAAGAGUUGCUUUCGAUUCACAUGAAGAAGAUCGUCCAAGUUGGCAGUACUUCGUGGCAUGUGAUCGGCAGGCCUUAAUUAACUCCUCGCAUUUAGUGGGAGCUAUUCAACACCAUGUAAGCCAUCUCAUACGUCAACCACUUGCAAAGAUUGUGUACUUCUUGGAGAAGGAGUCUGCUUGGCCGUGGUUUCUGUUUCCACAGGACACUCUUGACGAGGAGGAACUUAAAGUCUGGCUGCAACUGAUCAUGGAUCGAGAUAUUUUUGAUAUUGAUGAUAUCCCUGACCACCAAGGGGCAGAGUCCUACUUCAUUUCUGAGCAGCGUGUGCAGCUAAUAUUCCCCUAUUUCUCCGUAUUUUACAAAAAAGUAGAACACGUGCAAUCGAUUUUUGUUGAAGACCAAAGACAACUUCUCUUGGACGGAACUAACCUAAACGAGAAUGAUGAGAUGAGCGAUGCUGUAGUAGAGGCUCAACUACAUCGAUUUGCUUCCGUUGUAAAGGAGAAAGUAUGUCAAGUAUUUGAGCUCGACUAUCUUCGAAGUCGCAUUGAAUGCUACGUCGAGGAUUUUCUCGACAUGAAAUCAGCUCACUUUUCAAGCGUUUUAUCCCGAGGUGAAAGAAUCGACUUCUUAAAGUCUGCAAUGGCAAAUGACGUAAAGUUCUCCAUUAACGGCGACCCCGCUCUUCUGGUUACUCGGCUGCAUUCUCUUUUCUGGCUGAACGAACCUUCCUAUGUGGCAGCCCUUCAGGUGUUCGUGACGUGUUACAAGAUCGCGAAUGUAGAAUUUGGGGGGAUCGUCUCUGAGUUUACUCCCUUGUUUGAGAAAAUGAUGUUUCAGGAAAAAAAUGCAGUAAAAAACGAACCCAUUGAAGACUCUCAACAACUUGAAAGAAAUCAUUCCUUUGAUGUACACCACAGUGAAGAUGCAUGUGCGAUGGUGGAGAGCUCCGAAGUCGACGUAGUGGAGGUCAGCAGUGAAACAUUUACCAUAGAGAACGAGAAGAGACUUGAAAAAGAGCAAAACGAUGACGAAAUGAAGGCAGUGGGAGAUAUCGGCUCACAGAUUGAGGAAGGAAAGGAAGAUGCCAUUGAAACUGAAAAUCAAGGGGUUCAGGAGUCUAAAAACGAAGAUGUAACACAGACAACGGGGCGAAAUGAUCCAGUGAAAGAGAAUAGUGAAAGUGGCGUUUGUGAACUUGAAAGUGUGGGUGGAGAAAAUGACGUGACUGUUGAACACAAAGGGAACACCGAAUUGGAACUAAAACAGGCCGUAGAAGGUAGUCCACGAGAAAUUGGGCUAAUUGAUAAUAGCGGAAUGGCAAAAGAUGAUAUCCCAUGUUGGCGCGUAAAACAUGAAGAUGUUGUCGAAGAUACUAAUGUAGACAAUAAUGAUACAAUAGGCGAAGAGCUAAUCAGUGAACAACUCAUCGCAGAAAACUUAGAGGAAACUGCAGCUACCAAUGACGAAUGGGAGGAGGGUAGCAUUGGCACGGUAACAGACGACAGUGGUGUCGAAGGAAGCGUAAGCUUCAACGAAGUAUUACUAGAGACGCUCUGUUCUGCGUUACUUCCAACGGACGACGUCGUGAAGAAUUUAAAAGGCCCUGAAGGAUGGCAGAGAACAGCAAGUCUCUUUCUGUCAACAGCUAGCAGAAUGCAAGUUCAGAUCCCUGCAUUUCAUUACCUUCGUGUCUGUCACGAUUUUGUUACACUUUUGGUAUUACCAGAGAGUCUUGAACCAUAUUCCCUCUAUAUGCUUGGAGCACUUGGAAAGACGGGAGCCUCUGAGGGCUAUCUCGAUUCCCCGGACACCUUUGAUCGUAUUACUAACGUCAUUGAUGAGUUGGAGCAACGAGGCGUUAAAAAGAGACGUUUGGAAGACUUUCUAAUGCUCUUCUAUGGACGUUGCAUCGAUUCAAAUCCAGACACACCAGUACUUGGUAUCAUACUGGCAAAGAUCAGUUCCAGUGGAGCGACAGCACUUCUACGACUUGCUGGACCGUUGCUGCACCGCAUUUUUCUCACAGAAGAAAACUUCAGCCCUGGUGUCUUUCAAGUUUUCUUACACAGCUUGGACUCCAUCAACGAUCAUCCAGGCCUCCAAGAGACAAGUGCUGCUUUGUCGACACUAUCUGAUGAUGUUGAGUUGGACUCCCCUUUCGCAGUAGUGUGUUGUGAUCUUAUAAGUGAUGUUGCGUUCCCUGAAGUAGACUUAACUACGAUGUCACACUCAGAGGAUCAAAUUCUGACGAAUUUUCGUAAGGCCUUUCAAACCCUAACAGAACCUUGCGAAGACACUGAACACGGAUCGUUUCAUCUUCUUUGUGCCACCGCUUAUAUGAGGUCAUUCCUGGCAUCAUUUGCAAAGUUUAUUUUGGCAAGGCGACAUUGCCUUACUGAAGAAGGGGAGUUUACAGUGCUUUUGAAUGAAAUGAAUGCAGCCCUUUCCUGUAAUCACCUCGAUCCUGUUUCUUCUAGGGCGGUAGAAUUGCAGCUGUACUUCGUAAAAGAACUGAAGAAAGAGCUCUACAUGUGUGAGGUUCGUAACAUCUGCCAACGUAGCCCGAAACUUCCAGCGUUGAAGAAUUUAGAUUGGCAUGAUGAGGACCUUGUGGGCAAACUUAGUUUUGAUCCUCUGCGAACCUAUACAGAGAAUUCUCAAGCACAAGCAGCAGUUGCAACUCUUCUCGAAAAGAACGACCUCAAGCCCCUUGAAGACACCAUUCUUGCUAUGUCAAGUUCUGCAGAAAAGAGGAUUGAGAUGGCUGCCACCCUGGCUAAGUCGUUUUACCUUGUUCGUUCUACACGACCUCUGAAGGACAGUGAGGACAAAGCAAUAGACUCCUUCAUAGGGAAACUUGAGAACUUUGAAAAUCCCUAUGUCCAGCUCCUCCUGAGAAUUACGGGAAAGAAGGAUUUCAAAAGUAAAAAACUUUGUAUUUCUUCAGAGUCUUCACCAGCUGACGUGCACAGGGCGACUCUAAUCCUACAUCUUUGCUUAGUUCUAGCCUCUCAUUUCAGUGGUGUUGAGCAGAAAAAGCUGGCGUUUAUGUCAUACCUUAAUAGUCCUUUGGCCUCAAGCAAUACAUACGUGCUGGCGUCUGGAGAGGAUUGUCAGCAACCAUAUGAGGUACACCACAAUUACAGCUUCGAUGAAACAUCCUUUUUCCUUUGCUCCUGUAGAACAUUCUUUGUUGCUGCAAGUGAUGAUGAUGAUGAAACAAAGUGUCCCAACUGUCGUUUACUUUGCAAAGCUGAGAAAGUACUUAGCAAGAAUGCUGCAGCUGCCGUUAAAGCCAUACAGCCAUCUAAAGUUCCUGUCUGCCUCACAUGUCCUCAAGAUCUUUUAAUUCACGUACGGCAAAUGGAUCCAAGAGAAUUCCGAGUUCUCCACUUGUUCGUGCAUGCAGCACUUUACGGAGGCUUCGCGAUGAAGUUGUUUGAUGAAAAUAGUCUGACCCAAAUACUGGGCAAUGCUGCUACGGACAGUGAUCCUUGCGAAGUGUGCUUUCAACAGAUUGAUAACGAUCUAAGAGCGUUAUGUCUUCUUUUAGACGCUAAGGAAGAAUACGUCAUCGGUUUCUUGCACUGUGCUUUGCUCAAAAGUAUUUCCAUCCUUACUUCGGGAAGCCUAUGUCAAACAGAAGGAGAAAGGUUGGCAUGGGAAAACACGUUCGCUGAAACCGUGCGCCCUUUACUCCGAGAGUUUUACCCAAGAAAACUUUUGACAAGUUUGCAAGACUUCACGAGCAAGUCUACAGUGGCUGUUCAAAGGAGGAUAGAGGAAAUUGAUGACCCCCAGUUCUCAAACACGGCAGAGAGAAACCUGCACCUUCCUAGAUUGUUGCGUGUCACGCUGCCUAAAACGUUUUCGUCCCUUAGAGCGUAUUAUAUGUCAGCUGAUCACGAUACUAAGAACCACCAUCCUCUUCUUGGGUUAUUCCUUGAUUUUAACGACUCUCUUCCAAAUGUUGCAAGCCUCCACGAUCUCCUUUCCUGGAGUCGUAUUGUGGACUCGCUUCUAAGUAGACGUCUGAGUCGCCACGAAGCCACUACAAAUAUAGGAGAUAUCAUUCGAAAACAAUUUCCUGAGGAGAGAAAGCGAUUAAGUGAGAUCUUCGAGAAGUUCAGCAUGGCAUGGGAGAGGAUGCGUCCUUUUGUUAGGGACCGUUUAAAGCAGGAUGUGCCGUACCUAAGCGAAAUCUCACCCAUUUCAUUUUGCUUGAUUGAGAAAAGAGGCCAGGGUGCCUUUCUUUGUGCUGCUAUGGAAAUACUUCAAGAGAUCCAGAAUGAUUUCUUACAGAAGAUGCUCAGUAUUGCAUCAACAGGAAAAUGUUCUGCGCUAGUCUUUCUGGAGAGAGAAGAAGGAAAAUUCACUAUUCCAGUCGUCCACUUACAGGAAGCUCGGGAGAAAGAGAUUAUCCAAUAUCAAUGGACAGAUGAAAUUUUAAGGCAUUCUCAACGUAACACCGAAUACGGCCAUGGCAGGGAGAUCGUUUUUGAUCUUGCAAAGAUUGAAAAAGAGAUGGCAGUCAGAUUCUUGGUGGGAAAGUCCUACCUUUCAACUCUCGAGGGAUUACAGGAGUUCAUUUUUGCCCGAGAGCUCUUUCACACUUGUAGAGGCAUUCUGGACGACUUACAAGAGCUGAUUCCGCAGCAACCACUCACAGAUGUGUUUCGAAGUAGUCUGUCCAGUCAGGGUGAGCAGAGUCUGAAAAACGUACAAGAUUUGCUUGAGCACAUGGAAAUUGUCCUUUGCCUUUUAAAAAGACAUCAUGUUGGAAAACCAGACGACCCGUUGAUAGAAUUUACAGACAACUGGCUGCGUGGACCAAGACCGUUUCCAAAGGAUUUACUCCCUCAGCCCCACAGCGCCAUCCAGCUCACACAUGUAGUUGCCUUGUACGAGUUUCUCGAAGACAUGUUGGCUGAAUCGGCUGCCAAACGAGUUCACGACAUGUAUCGUGUACCCAUACCUGAAGAGAUAGCUAACCAAAUGACCAAGGGAAACCCGGCUUCUGGAACAACCGAGUCACACCGUUCUGUUAUAACUGCCAUCAAUGUAGCGCUCAAACGCUUCAUUUACCGUUAUCUUUCUUCUGAGGAAAUGAAACCUAAACCAGCUGACAGUCUGAAGGAGCGCAUGCAGGAGAGGUCGCUUUGGCCAAUCGAUGCAUUCAAGUCGUGGAACCUGAAAGUGGAAUCUCCCGCAAAAUUCAUCGGUGCCGUGUUCCCCGAGAAGCUGGCCAUAAAACAUACGUACCAAGUUUUAUGCUUUUACCAUGAUCGACUUAAAGUAAGUGAUGUAAAAUGAACUUAUCAUUAAUUCUGCAAUAAUUCUCUCUCAACACAUUUUAAAGCUGGUAUUUUCCGCUGAGACCCUAUACAGUGACCCUAGUUUCUUUUAACUUUGACAGUGAGAGUUUUUCCUUGGGUUCCGCAUCUCUCGUCAUUGUUUUAGGUCACAUGUUGUAUCAUGUGACGUUUUGUUGACUGUGACCCCUCCACCCCCAUUCUCCAGGUGGAACGCAAAUGUGUAUGAAUUCGAACUGCAUAGGUAAACGAACGGGAAAACGCUUUGACUAUUGGCAAUCUUUGUCUUUGAAAUAUUCUGCGCAAGUUAUUUAAACGGAGUUUAGCACGUGUUUUUCGAAAUCGCGUUCUUUUCAGUUUGCCCAACGCUUUUAUCUAAACAUAUGACCCACUAAGAAAGAGCCUAAGUUAGACUUCUUUUAAAUAACCAACCCUCUGUAUCUUAAAACUGCUUGUGACGUCCCUUUUUUGACACGUCAUGAAUACAAAUUCUACCCAGCUAAUCAGAAGAAGAACCCCGCUAACCGUCCUUAAAUUGAAAAGCGACAUCUAAAACUGAAAUCUGGCCAUACAGUACUUGCCAGUCUGAUGAUCGUCCACUGCUUGAAACUCAAGUGACAAAACUUUAUCCUUAAAUUUGUGUUGUAUAGUCGUGUAAUAUGUUCUAUGUUAUGUUCUUCACUUUGUUAUUUGUUAGGCGUUAGAAGAGGCAAAACUCGUUCCUCGGAAUCCAACUCCGAAGAUCAGCCGUCCCAGUGUUUCAAGGUCCCGUCAGCUUAAAACUCGAAAGCACUUCAGCAACUUCUGA